AGUUAUGCCACGGACAAAAAUAGUUUAGCACAUUUUUCUCUUCGAUAAUUAUUGUAAACAGCUAAAGUUUAGAAUCAUUAAAUAUAAGUAUACUGGAUACGAAGUUUACGACAUAACGACAUGUUCUUUUUUUGAGAAAUUUCUCUUUUAAGAAUUCUGUGAGAGUAGCCAAUAAUAAUUCUAUUAAAUAUUCAUUCUGUAUGAAUUCAAGCCAGAGCAUAGAUAUUCAUCAACUCAAUGGAUUUAUAAAAACAUGAAUCGACGUGUAAAUUUUCAAUGCAUUGAUGAAUUUAUCAUCUCACUAAUAAGAAUAAUUUAUGAUACCGCAAAAAAAAUAUUUAACAUUAAAUUUUUUUAAUGCUUUUGUAUUUAUUUAAGCGAACGAUCGAAAAAAAAAAUUAUAAUUUUAUUUUCAACAGAAAUGGAAAAGUGAAUUUAUAAUUUUUAAAUGACGCUAUCAAAAAGUACGACCAACUGCACAACAGCACAACAUGACAUCAAGAAAACAAUCAGUAGCUCAAUCGGGAUCUGGCACUAGUCAAACACCAAUGAUGGACACUCCAGUUGUGCACGAAAUGUACCCAACCAAUCACCUUUUUGUACUCUCACCAACCAAUCCAUUUCGAAAACUGUGUGUUCGAAUUAGCACUUCAAAGGCAUUUGAUAUGUUCAUUUUAUUGGCUAUUGUCGUGAACUGCAUCAUGAUGGCAAUUGAUGCUCCAUUGCCAGGAGAUGAUAAAUCGCAAAUGAAUGACAACAUUGCAAGUUUGGAGAUAUAUUUAUUGGGUAUAUUUAUUGCUGAGUCAUUCUUCAAAAUAGUUUCGCAAGGAUUUUUGUUACAUCCCGACUCGUAUUUAAGAAGUGGAUGGAACAUAUUGGAUUUUACAGUAGUCGUAACAGGAAUUCUUGGAAUGCCAGAAGUUGGCCUAGCAGAACAAGCUGGACCAAUGAAAGUUAUAAAAGCUGCAAGAGUACUUCGUCCAUUAAAGCUAGUGUCUGGAAUUCCAAGUUUACAAGUCGUUAUGAGUGCCAUUUUAAAGUCAAUGGCCUCCUUGUUGCAGAUUUGUUUACUAAUUGGAUUUGUUAUUGUUAUCUAUGGCAUUGUGUUUUUAUCACUUCUUGUUGGAAAAUUUCAUUACACAUGUUUUUACCAAAAUACUACAAUUAUAUAUGAGGAGGGUUACCUAUGUGGUUCACGUCCAUGUCCAGCGGGGAAAAAUCUUGAGUGUAAAGAAUUUUGGGAUGGACCAAACUUUGGCAUAACAAGCUUUGACAAUAUAUUAAUAGCAUGCUUAACUGUUUUUGUAUGCAUCACUUGUGAAGGUUGGACUGAUACAAUGUAUUGGAGUUUUGAUGUAUCUGAUGCAGAUGGUUUGUAUAUGUGGCUGUUUUAUUACACUUUAAAUGUUAUUGGAUCACAAUUUAUGUUGAAUUUAGUGUGUGGUGUCCUUAGUGGAGAGUUUAGUAAAGAAAAAGAAAGAGUGGAAAAUAGAACUGCAUUUUUAAAAGAACGUGCUGAAGAAGCGGCUGCAGAAAACUAUGAAGAUUGGGUUACAGCUGGACAACUAGAAAAAGCAAAAGAAGAUGAAGAAAGAUUGAGAAUAGCUGCUGAAGCAGCUGCAGCUGAAGAAGAAGGAGAAGAUGAAGGAGUUGAAGCUCCAACGCAAAUUGGGUGCUUUCAAAAAAUAAAGAUGAGAAACAGCAUAAUUCGUGCAAAACUUAAAGUUGUGAUGUUAUCAGCGUUUAUGUAUUGGUUUGUCAUUUUUCUUGUGUUUUGUAAUUCUGUCUCUGGAGCAAUACAACAUUAUCGGCAGCCCCAAUGGAUCUCAGAUAUCAUAUCUAUAUCUGACAAUUUGUUCCUGGCAUUCUUCUUUUCUGAAAUGUGUCUCAAACUGUAUUCCCUUGGGCCAAGUUUAUACUUUGCAUCAAAGUUUAAUAAAUUUGAUUUUGUGGUUGUAAUUUCUGGUUUGGUUAACAUGGCUUUGUCAAAAACUAAAGGCAUUAACUUAGGUAUACCAGUACUUCGACAGCUGAGAUUAAUGAGACUCUUCAAGUAUACAUCAUAUUGGGGUGCAAUGAAAAACUUGGUAAAAUCAAUUCUAGACAGUAUGGCAUCAAUUUUAAGUUUAUUGGUUUUGCUGUUUUUGUUUUUGAUGAUAUUUGCACUGCUUGGGAUGCAAGUGUUCGGAGGAACCUUCAGAGCAAAUGGUUAUCCUCAAUCUAGAACAAAUUUUGAUGACUUCUUUAAUGCUAUGUUAGCAGUCUUUCAGAUUAUAACAGGUGAAGAUUGGAAUUUUGUGAUGUAUGAAGGUGUUGUUGCACUUGGUGGACCAAGAAGCCCAAAGGGACUUGCUGCGUCAUUAUAUUUUGUUGGUGUUACAGUGCUUGGAAAUUAUGUCUUACUUAAUGUGUUUUUGGCUAUUGCUGUGGAUAAUUUAACAAUGUCUGAUGAAGAGGAAGGAGCAGUUGCGGAGGAGGAGGCUGCAAGAGAGGAGCACAUGCAAGAAGUCAGAGAAAAAUACGCUCCACCUGGUUCCAAGGUUGGAGAUGUGACAGCACGUAGCGCAGAAAGUAUUGAACCUGCUACAGAUGACGAAGAAGGAGGAGUGAUUAUGGGAGAAUUUGAUACUGUUCCAACUGAAGGUGGCACAAUGCAGGCAGGAGAAGGUUUCCUGGAGAAUUUAAAAAAUCCAGGAAGAAUGACUGGUAAUAUACAUCAAUCUGAAGGAUCAGAGAUGCUGCAAGUUAAUACACUUUUUAUAUGCUUUCCAAGUAACCCAAUCCGUAAAGUUAUUCAUCUGAUAGUUUCUUCUGCGUAUUUUGACAACACUAUUCUGGCGUUAAUUUUGAUCAGUAGUGGUCUGCUUGCCCUUGAAGAUGCAACAGAUCCCAACGCAAGCGUAAAUAAUAUAUUAAAAUACUGUGAUUAUGUGUUUACCUCAAUCUUUGCAUUGGAAGUUGUUUUAAAGAUUAUCAAUUAUGGAUUUGUUUUACAUCCUGGUUCAUACUGUCGUGAUACUUGGAAUUGUGCAGAUAUGUUUGUUGUUUUGUGUGCUAUCACGUCUUUAAUAUUGAGUAUGAAUCCAAAUGCUUCGGCAACAGUAAAACAGAUUGUUAAAAUCUUGCGUAUUCUUCGGGUGUUGAGACCUUUAAAGUCAAUCAACAAACUUCCCAAGCUAAAGGCUGUGUUUCAAUGCAUGAUCUUUUCGUUAAAAAACGUCUUCAAUAUUCUCAUCAUCACAUUGCAAUUCUUGUUCAUCUUCUCAGUGAUGGGAGUGCAACUUUUUUCAGGCAAACUAUUUUAUUGCAAUGAUGAAUCAAAAGAGUUUGAGGAUGAAUGCCAAGGUUAUUAUAUAACAUUUGAUGAAUAUAACUAUAACAGACCAAAGGAAGUUGCUAGAGAAUGGACUGUGAUGGAUUUUAACUUUGAUAAUGUGUUCAAUGCAAUGAUUUCUCUCUUCACAUCAUCGACUGGUGAAGGUUGGCCCGCAGUCAUGCAAAGUGGUAUAGACAGCCAGAAUGAAGAUCAAGGCCCAAUCCUCAACAGCAAGAUUUGGAUUUCGAUCUACUUCAUUGUUUUCGUCAUCAUCUUCUCUUUCUUCUUCAUCAAUGUGUUUGUUGGUAUGAUCAUCUUAACAUUUCAAGAACAAGGAGCUGCAGAAGCAGGAGGAGAACUUGACAGAAAUGCAAAAAACAGUUUGCAGUUCGCUAUGACAUCAAAGCCAAUUGAACGCUUCAUGCCUGAAGAUGUAAAAAGCUGGCAGUACAAAGCAUGGGCACUAAUUGAAUCAACGCCCUGGGAGUUGCUUAUCAUGUCUCUUAUAUCUUUAAACACUGUAGUUUUAAUGUGCGAGUUCCACGAUCAACCGAAAGCUUAUGAAGAUAUUUUGGGUCAAAUUAAUGACGUGUUCACAUUUGUUUUCUUGGGUGAAUUUUCCGUCAAGAUGUUUGCUCUUGGUUGUAACUACUUUAAAGACGGCUGGAAUAAUUUCGAUAUGUUGAUUGUGGCCGGUAGUUUAAUGGAUUUUGCUAUAAAGAAGUUACUGCCACCAGGAACGAUCGACUUUGAUCCUAGCAUAUUUCGAUUAUUUCGUGCUGCACGUCUCGUGAAAUUACUGCGUCGUAGCAGAUCUUUAAGAAUUCUCUUAUGGACAUUUUUACAGUCCUUCAAAGCGUUACCCUAUGUUGGUAUGUUAAUCUUCUUGUUAUUCUUUGUCUAUGGAAUUGUUGGUGUGCAGAUAUUUUCUCUAAUUUCAAUUGAUAAUGGGGACAACGAGCCGUGGAAUCAAAUUAAUAGGAACAAUCAUUUUCGGUCAUAUUUUUCUUCCACGCAAGUUCUUUUCCGAGUUGCCACUGGCGAGAAUUGGCCAAAUAUUAUGUUAGCGUGUACAUCGCCUGCUCUAUGUGACACAUCAUUACCAGCUGUAGAAGACACGAUGAAAACUUGUGGAACGAAUGUCGCCUACUUGUAUUUUAUCUCCUUUGUUUUUUUCUGUUCCUUUCUUAUGUUAAAUUUAUUUAUUGCUGUCAUUAUGGAUAACUUUGCUUUCUUGACGGAAGAUUCAAGCAUUUUAGGACCACAUCAUCUUGAUGAAUUUGUUACUGUGUGGUCUGAUUUUGAUCCAAGAGCUUCGGGUCGAAUAAAACACACAGAAGUUUGUGAGUUGUUGCGGCAGAUGUUACCGCCAGUUGGGCUUGGUUUAAAAUGUCCCAGAAUUGUGGCGUAUAAGCGGUUGGUACAGAUGAAUAUGACGUUAUUUAAAGAUGGUAGCGUUGAUUACACAGCCACUUUUUUUGCUUUGGUUAGAACUGGUUUAAAAAUUUACACUGACAACGCAAAUAUAAAAAGCAACGAUCAAGCAUUACGAAAGAUGUUGAAAGAAACUUGGCCGAAUAUUUCAAAACGUACUUUGGACUUGGUUAUUCCAAGAACACCAAGAAAUGCGGAACACAUGACGGUUGGGAAAAUAUACUCAGCCAAAUUAAUAUGGGAGAAUUACAAAAAUAUGAAAAAAAUGGGACAAAGAAGAAAAUCUAUUUAUCCGGAUAUUGGAACACUGAAUUCGUCCAGAGAAAAUACUACAGAGAAGCGGUCUUCGUUAUUUCCUUCGUCUGCUAACGCGCCACCGAAACGCCAGUCAAUACCUGCCUCCAUCCCUGCUUCUAUCCCGCCUUCUAUACCAGCAUCCAUUCCUGCUUCAGAUUCAGGUCCGCCUCCUACACCAUCCACGAAGUUAUUAUCUCCAAGAAAAGAAAACACUACAACUUCCGAACCAAAUAGCACUGCUCGUGGAAAUAUACAAGUCGCACUUGCUAUAAGAUCCGGUAAAGAUCCCUAUCAGUUAUAUGGUCUUGAAGCUUCAACUGAAGACAAAGAUGAAUGGUGUUAGUAAUUCAGAAUAAAACAGACAUUUGUUUUUACUGUUUUUUAUAGGCUUUUUGUAUUUUUGUUUUGUUUGUUUUUAAAGAAAGAUUUUAAUAUUUAUUAUAA